GCCUGAGCAGCGGGCUGGAACAGGUCACUUUCAUCACUUGGUCAAAGCAUCCCUGUCGCUUCCCUCUCUUUGACCCAUCUGCGUCUAUUCUAAUUCGAAACAACCACAUUACGCUUCACCCUCUCAGCCUCAGGGACCUCUCCCCCCUUUCGUCCUUUCUCAUCACGACAGCAUUCAACCACCACUCUCAUCCAUCCACCUGCAACAGCAACUGAAUCUUGUCCAGCCCGACUCUCCGUCUACCACAAACGUCACGCCCCCACAGGCAACACACCAGAUCCCCGAGACAAUGCUGCUGCGGCCCCUCCUUGCCGUGGCUGGCCUCUCUGCCGCCACCAACGCCAUCCUUCUUCCGCCCGGCAUCAGCUCUCACGACGCUGAGGUCGUCGAGGCCCUCCCGUUCGAGAGCGCAGCCCUCGCACACACCCAGUCGCUAAGCAUCGACUGCCCCGGAUGCCCUCCCGUAUUCAAGAACCACCACGGAAACCCCAAACACCACAAGCAGCACAGCAGCCACCUCGAGCUCGACUUCUCCAUCGACAGAUCCGAAGGCUCCGACAGGCUGGUGCUGAACGGCUUCGAACUAUACCCAAACUCCGACCCCUUCACCAACCUCCUCGUCGCCCCACAAGUUGCCGACAAGCGGAAGCACAACAACCAUGGCAAACAUACCAAGGGCGACGAGGCACACCAAGCCGAUAACUCGAGGGUCCUGCCUAGCCACCACAAGUUUCGACCAGGACACCAUGGAAAGCCAAAGGUCGUUGAGCAACCACUCGGCUUCAGUCUUCAGAUCCAUCCCGUCCAGAAGACGGCCGACGACAACUUGGACCUCGUCCAGCUCGACCUCCAAAUCAUCGAGGUUGGCUCGGUCUUCGUCGAGGGACUCCCCAACAUUCGUGUCAACAUGAUCAAGUCACCACAAGACGACCUCAUUAUCGCCAAGAUCGAACAGACCCCAUCCGAGAACCUUCCAUCACCAAAGGGUGACGGAGCCGAAUGCUCAACCACCUUGUGCAGGUUGAAGGCCAUCAUCGCCGAUAAGAUCAACAAGAUGAAGAUGCACGGCUGCGCUGGUAUGAUGGGCGGCAAGGCAGGCCACCACCAAGGCCACCCCCAGCCUACCAGCCACCACGACGAACACUUUGGCAUGUUCAACCGUCCUAAUGGUUGGUCGCUGUUCUUCCGCAAGGUGACCUCGCACAUCAUCCUCCCCGUCCUGGUGGGCAUCGUUGCUGGCGUCACCGUCGCCGUCGUCAGCAUGCUCGUCGGAACAGUCCUCGUCGGCUUGUUCCGCAAGUUCGUCCGCGGGCAGUCCUUCUUCCCGCACCACCGCUGCCGCCUCCACCCAGGCGGACGCCACCACAAGGCCGCACAAAAGGAAGUCGCCGUCGAUGAGGAAAAGUCAGGGUUGAUGGAGAACCAGGAAAUCGAUCCACCUGCCUAUGACCAGGCCGAGGUGCACCAUGUUGAGCGGGCCUAGGCUCCCAUACAGGGCCAUAGUCAUAGUGAUCAGACUCUGGAAAUCUGUGAACAGGGCCGGAAAAUGGGACUGUUUCCAACUUCAAAAAGGGCACAUUCAACGUCAUCACAAUGAGCAAAGGCAAGGCAAGGAUCUGGCGUUGUGGAAUGGAACCAGAAAACACACUGGCAUUGACUGGAGGAACAUAGCUUGGUCACUCCUUUUUCUUCUGUUUGGGUCUGGAUUACUAUCAUUGCGAAAUACCCACGCUCCUUCUAGAUUGGCAUAGUACAAUUCCUAUUCACAAUUCAAUCGUUUGUCUGAGCAUAUGCGGUGUGAUGGCACGGUAGGCUCUGAGGAGCGAUAUACAAUGAUCAGCAUGGAAGCUGUGCAACGGGUAAUCCCACCGGAGAUAACAGGUCAAAUAUUCCAUAAGAGAUCGAUUGAGAUCGAGUCGACGAUGCCUCCGGCCCAUUGGAAGGUGUCAAGGGAACGGCAAUGGAUGGAGCCAGCAUUUCGAUCAGUCAAUGUGACCCCUUGCGCGCAUACAGCCUUAUGGAACCUACCAGUACAUUGACCAUUUGGUCAUAUGGCAGUUGCCUAAGCUCUGCUUUUGAGACAGGGUUAUGUGAAAGUGUGGCAUCUUGUUUGAAAACAUAUGUACCCCCGGAAACUUGGAAGGGACUUCAGGAGCAAAAGGGGUGCCCGC